ACCGGUGCUCUGGCAUAGUAAUGUAUCUGUACUGUAUCUGUGGAAAAACAAAAUAAAUUGUCGUGUGUACGGAUCAGCCGUGUGUUAAAUCUAACAAUUUGUCUUUCGUUUUCUUUCGUUUUAUGUGUUAUAAUGAUAAAUAACACGAUAUUUUACUUUGAAAUUUUAUAAAGUCGUGUGAUAUUUUCGUAUUUAUGACUGACGAGAAAGUAUUAAUUUAAAUUUCGAAAUUCGAUAAGUUUAGUACAGGGAAAUAAACAUUGGCGAAAAGAGGUAAAAGCUGCCUAAAGCAUACUAAAGACAGUGUUUUGACGAAAGCUCAGACAAUAAACAAAUAUCGCAACGUCACAUUCCGCGAUAUCAAUUAGAGAAGACUGAUUUUUAUUAGAAUACGAACAUUCCUCGAAUGAUGUUAUAGAAACGAAUAGAAUUAAAUCAAAAUGUUCAAGUUACUCGGAGGUCUGAGCGUGUACUUCAAGUACCAGCCGGUGAAGACUGACAAUGCCGUGUUUAGACUGCACAAUGUGUUCACGACGGUGCUGCUGCUGACCUGCUCGGUGAUCAUCACGGCGACCCAAUAUGUCGGACAGCCGAUACAGUGCAUCGUUGGCGGGGGACUUCCAGCGAAUGUUGUGAACACUUUCUGCUGGAUUACUUCGACGUUUACUAUGCCGGAUGCCUUCGCGAGAGAGGCAGGCAAGGAGGUCGCACACCCGGGUGUUAUGAACGAGUAUGACAGCUCACAAGAGAAGAAGUACUACACGUAUUAUCAGUGGGUGUGCUUCGUGCUCUUCUUCCAGGCUAUAAUGUGUUACACACCCAAAUAUUUGUGGGACGCGUUCGAGGGUGGACUCCUGCGCACUAUCGUUAUGGGGUUGAACAUUGGCGUCUGUCAUGCCGAAGAGAAAGAGAAGAAGAAGGAAGUCAUCAUCAACUACCUCAUCAGACACGAAAGGACCCACAAACUCUACGCGUUAAGAUACUGGGGCUGUGAGUUGCUGUGCCUCAUCAACAUCGUCCUACAGUUGUGGAUGAUGGACGCCUUUUUCAACGGCGAGUUCUUCUCAUACGGUACUCGCGUUCUAGGAUACAGUGAGGUGCCGCAAGAAGAGAGAUACGAUCCAAUGAUCUACGUGUUUCCACGCGUCACAAAAUGCACCUUCCACAAGUAUGGUGCGUCCGGCACCAUUCAGACGCACGACUCACUCUGCAUCUUGCCUCUGAACAUCGUCAACGAGAAGACUUACAUAUUCCUCUGGUUUUGGUACAUCAUAUUGGCGAUCAUUCUCGUACUGCUCGUUAUAUACAGACUGAUAAUAAUCUUCGUGCCGACGGUGCGGCCGCGCCUGCUGCACGCGCGCGCGCGCACCAUCGCCAUGGAGGCGGCCGUGCUCGUGUCGCAGCGCACCGACGUGGGCGACUGGUGGCUGCUCUACAUGCUCGCGCGGAACAUGGACCCGCUCAUAUACAGGGAGCUAAUCUCGGAACUCAUUAAGCGAAUGGGGGAGAAGAGCGGAGCCCGCGCGUGACGACCACCUAAAUUUACCGCCAUCGCCAUCGUCGGCGACUGACAACGCCUCACAAGUUUGUAUAUAACGUUUAUUAUUCAAUAUCCAGCUUCAUCCGGAGUACUAGCUAUAUUUUGUUAUAAAGACACCACGAGCGAAGAGUUUAACAUUACACUUGGAUCAUUUAUGUAUAAAAUAAAACGUCCAACGUGCGAUAGUGCGUCGUUGGAUGAUUAUGUUAAAAAUAUAAACUUCCUUGUAAAAUGUUACUUAUAAGACUUCAAUAUAUUAAAAAAAAUAUCAUUUUAAAAUGUACCCGUCGGUGGUGUAUACGCUUAGUAGUUUAUGAGCCGAUGUGUAGCCGAUAAUUAAAAACACUAUGAACCAAAAUGUGAUCCACUUUCAAAUUAUUUCUUUAACACCCUACCGAACAGUCGUAGUGUUAUGAAAUGCAAUAAAAUAACUUUUAAAAGAUUUUUUACUUCAAUGUGACAAUACAAUAAAGUAUAAUUAGAAUGAUUCUUGAAUAAUUGACAUAAGCGUAACUGUUUUAAUACUAUUAUGUAAGGGAAUAGUGCCGUUUCGAUUUGUCAAAUCUGACAGAACUAGAAUACUUGCUAUCUCUUUUAAACACCAUCAGACAAGAAAGAGACGGCAAUUAUUUAGUCUUGUCAAAUUUGUUACCAUAUUGUGUAUCAUAAAAUCGUAAAUACAUAUUAUGAAAAUGUAUUAAUAUUGCAUGUAAAGUGAUACGACUUUUCGUUCGUAAUGUUUGAUUAUACUGUACGGUGAUUAAAGGUCAGUGCGAUUAAACAAACUUUAAAUUAAUAUAUGCGCUCGCGCAGAUGCUUAAGUCAAUUCUAAAUAAGUUCGUACAGACCACUGAUAUAAGCAAUGAGGUGCUAUCUCUAGAUAAAAAGUAAAAAUGUCUCACGGUGAAAUUAAUGUUUAAAUAAAAAAAAAAAAAGUUUACAUUCAAAAUUAUAACUUUAUAUCAGCCCUCUUCUAGACACGUUAUGUAGUUUCCAAAAAUAUUUUGUCUAGAGAUAAAACAUCAUUGCUUCUGCUGUCGUUACUAAAUUAAAGUGAAAGCAAUAUCUUGAAUAUAGAAGUAUUAAAUUCGAAUUAAAUGUUCCUAGCCAUUUUAAAAAUAGACGUUUCAAAUUCAGCCGAUGUAUUAUUUUAUAAUAAUAAAGAAUCUUAUUAAUCCUAUGUGCUAUCAGCGCGAUAUGAAAACUAAGGCCUUUGAUAUUAUUAGAUAUUAGUUAUAUAAAGUAGAACUUAAGAGAACAUAAGUUAACAUUCACUGCCAUUGUUAAAAUGUUUCCAAGUCGAAGAGUUAGUCUUAAGAUAUGUCUUAAAAUAUAUUAUCUUUUAAUAAAAUUAACUCAUGAUGAAAGAUGAUAAGGCUGUCAAAUACUGCAGAACUAAAACUGAUUAUUACUUGAACUGAAUUUGAACUAUGAAAAUGUACCGUACGCAUAAGAAUAUAAAAAAGCCGAGUGAUCUUAUCACUUCGCUUCGCUUCGAGGUGUGCAGUAGAUGAAUAAAAAAUGAUCAUAUAUCUGAUUUUCAUGCUAUCGUUACAUCGUGGGUUAAUUUUAUUAAUAGGGAAGCAUUCUUAAACCACGUAUAUCUUAUACCUCUCCACCAUUCAUACCUAAAGAGAUCUUAUUCCUUCCUCCCAAGUUAUACUACACAUUUUUUAAAUUAAGAACGCCUCGUUCUCUAGCCUUCCUAGAACCCCCAAGAGAGACCUCAUCCAUCCUCAUGCAGCCCAGUUUUCGCAGAUCACGUAGUUUACGAACGCUUCCCGAGUAUUGUAGAGAUGCUAGUUCGUACCAGAUUUUUGGUACACUAUAAAUCAUUUUUUAUACGAAACAAUAAAAAUAUGAUGAUUGAAUUGUAAAUAAAUAUUUCCAAUUACUCAUGGAUUCCAUGACACUUCUAAUAGCAGUUUUUUUUUAUGCGAUUUUUUUAUAAACUUAUAAAGUUGUGUGACUAAUUAGUAUUGUAUCUAAAAAAUACAGUUUUGAAUUACAAUGUGAUUAUUUUAAUUAAUCAAGCGUGAUUUUUAUUAAAUUUAUUUUAAAAGUUAUAUUUAAAUACGUUUACGUAUUGUCUAACUCUUUUAUUAUAGUGACUUUACCUAAUCUCUUUCUCUUUCACAAUAUUCAUACGUGUCAAAAGAGACAAAAACAAGUCGAUCUGUUUCUAUUCGAAUAUAAUAAUUGCAUGUCUUAAAUGAAGGUUGUAAUUAGAUUAACGUCUAUUAAAGUAUUUGUAUAUUUAAAGUUCGCAAAUUUUGAGGGACCUGAUAUUUUAUUCGAUUUUAUUUCCACGAGAUAAAUUAAAUAAUUAAAUAUUUGCAGUGUUGCCAUGUACGAUACCAACUACCAACGACUUGCAAUAAGGCCUCGAGAUAUAUUUAAAUGUUUAUGUGAUUUGGUGUUACAUAUUUAAUGUAACAAUCGUGUAUUGUUUUAUUUAAAAAUAAUGUCAUAGUAAGUAACAAAGGUUUGUUAAUUUUGACGUUAUAGUUAUGUGGUCGUGACGUAGACAAAGUGUGUUCGUUUAAAAAAAAAAUAUAUCUCAUAACAAGUAUGAGCUGUAUACGUUUGAGUCUUUUGAAACUAAAUUUCAACUUCUAUAGAUGUUUUAGUGAUAAUUAUACUAAAUAAUGUCUUUAGAAGUUCUAAUUUGAAUUGAAUUAAUGUUCGCAAAAUUUUUUGCCAUAAUGACGUGAAAUUAAUCAGCACAUAUAAGCCUCUUUAUUGGCUGGUGUUAUCAGUAAAUCGCGCCUUGCGUAGCCGUUGGUAAUAUAAUUUUUAAUUACUAUUAAUAAUAAUAGUAAUUAUGUAUGUAUGUAUUACUUAAGUAAUAUGAAUUAGAUCUGUAAAGUUUUCCGUUUGAUAUUCAAAGUUUAGUUCUCAGUACAAAAAAUGUACUGCGAAAUCUAUUUGAAUAUUUCUGUCCCGUUUCAUAAAAAGUUAAAACAGUAUAAAUAUUUUUUUAUCAAUUUAUCAAUAUAAAUUUAAUGUGUGAUGGUCAUAUUAUAUUCGUUUUUAAAAUGGGUGACCGCUAAGCGUUAUGUUAUUUCCAUAUAAUUUUUUUAGCGAAUUUGCCAGCGAAUAUUUGUAAAUACUGUUUUGCUUUUUUUUUGAAAUAGGAUCACUAGUAAAUCUCUUUCAAAAGUCUCGUAUCGUUUUUAAUAUUUUUUUAAGCCUACAAUAAGAAAUGUUUGUGAAUUAGAGAGACUUCAAUUUUUUUUUUUGUAAUAUAAAUAGCGAGUGCCAAUAACCCGUUUUUUGAAUAAGUUUUUUUAAAAAAGACAUUUAUAAUUAAGUUAGUUUUGUAACAUGUAUUCGUCUCUCAGAAUUAUUUUGUUCCGUAUUUGUUUAGAAAUAUUUUAACCACAUGUAUAACUUGUUUACUAUUUUACAAAAAUGUAAAAGUAAAGCACAAAAAUUACUGAAAUAAAAAAAAAUAUGUACGAAUGCACAUUUUCCCUGUAUUGACUUACAUUAGGUGUAGUGUUGCCAGAAAAAUGAACUGAAUGUAUAAAUGAUAGACUGCAAAACGCCUUUCUUGUGUACAAUGUGUUGGAGUGGCAGUGGGAUGACUGUAUGUACGAAGUGAUGACAUUAUUAAAUGUAUAUCGAUAUUUCGACAUUAAGAAGUAAAGACUAAGUAUUGAAUUGUAUUCAGAAAAUCAAUUUAUAAUUACUAUUUAAUAAACGCCAUCUAGUGUCAACAAUUUGAACUGUAAUUGAACGCGGUAUCCAGCGGUAUUCGUUUGAACUAGAUAUAUUGUAAUAAUCGCAACUAUCGGCCUGAUGCGUGUUCGUUUAUCAUAUUGUGCCUCUAAUUUAUAUGCUAAGGGGUUUUUUGAGAUAUUUUACAAAAUGUAAAGCCAAUUUUUAAGUGUUAAAUCUAUUGGAGUUGUUAAGUUUUUUCAUGUUGUCAUUUCUUAACGUGACGUAGCGAGAGAUUAUCUUAAGAAAAUUAUUAUAUUAGAAUGGCUUGUUUUUAAAAGUUGUUUAGCUGGUAUAAUCCAGCAGCCAGCACGAGUCGUGAUGGGCAGUAGUGGGGGCAAGUUCGCACAUGUACACUUAUGGCCAAAUUACAGCCGAUUGACAAGUGGUCGACCAAUAGGUGACAUGCAUCGACUGAUGGACCAAUCGCGUACAGACUCGUCGCCAUCGGCUGCUUCACUCCUCCAAAGAAUCCACUCAUGGCACUAAUAUAUGUAAUUAAGCACUCAUUUCAAGUAUUACAACGAAUACUAUUCAAUGUAAUACGAAUAUCAAACUAUUCGGCAAUUACGAAUAAUUCAACGAGCAACCAAUUUAGUAAUUUAAAAAAAGGUUUGACACAAAUGUUGUUGUGAGAAAGGUUUUGAAAAUGGAUGUGGAUGGAUAUAGAGGUAGGGGACGACCCAAGAAACCAUGGAUGGAUUGUGUGAAAGACGAUAUGGUUAGAAAGAAUGUUACUAGUGAGAUGACGUCCGACAGAGAAGUAUGGAAGAACAAGACAUGCUGCGCCGACCCCAAGUAAAAUUGGGAUAAGGGCAGGAGGAUGAUGGUUGCUGGUCGAGGUCUCCUUAUUUUUGAAAACAAGGGAAGCAAAUGUUAGGAGAUCGAAUAAUUGUUAAAGAUCAAAUGUCAAAUAAUAAUUCUACUAGAAACGUCGCUACGUCACACAUUUCAUCACAUUAUCGUUCAUUCAAACUUUAACGCAUGCCAUAAUCAAUACAUUUGUUUAAAUUCAAAUUUAACUAUUGAUCAUUAAUGUUACAGCUUGCGAUGCAGAAUCUGAUACGUAAAACUAAUCGCUUAAUAAUUUCGAAAAUUAUAUCGAUAAUAAUCGCAAUAUCGAUAUAUCGGUACAACGCGUUUCGAUCACUGGACACAGAUUAUAAAACAUCCAAUAAAUUUAGCGGCGUUCCGAUACGUCACAAACGAUUUUACGACUGAAUUUUUUUAUUGUUUCUUUAUUAACUACGAAUUUCAUUUGUGUCGGCUCAUUUUGUAAUUAGGAGUUAAGUUAGUUUUUAAAUGUCGCAUUUAUUUUAAUUAAGAUGUAAAUUUCUUUUUUUAGAAUGUUUUGAGUGUGAUUCGAAUGUGAUCGAACAUUCUCGAAUUUUUGACGUAUUUUAAAUAUACUAGAUGAUACUAGUGAAAUUUGUAAUACUUUAUUAUUUAUUACAGAGCUAUUAUAUGUUAAGUUACGAUAUAUUUAGCAUGUAAGGAUUUCGGUUGAAAGCAAAAUAUAUAAUUUUGAUUUUUUUA